UCCCAUAUUUACCGAUGUCAAAUUAGGUUGUAAACAGUUCGUUUCUGGUAACAUACUGACAAGAGUAAAGAAUGGCGAGGAAUUAGCGUUGUGAAAUACGUGCGACGGGUGUAGGAUUGGCAUGUGUUUGCAAAUACUUAUUGGGCGGUGUUUGUUUGUGAUACGGGAGUGAUAAGGGAGUAAUUUAUUUGUUAUAAACAAUAUACGGAUAUUUCGAAACUCAACACGGAGAUAUUAGAGGCAAAAUGGACAGAUCUUGCGUUCUGACAUUAAACAAUUAUUAUUACAAAGCAGCAGUGUAUAAUGCGUGAAUUUUAUCGAAUGUUGUUAUAAUAACUAAAGUAACGUUUAAUAUUAAGUUUAUGUAAGGAAACAAAACCAUUCAUUGUACAUAUUUUUAUAGUGACUAAAGUAUGAUUAUAUAAAAGGAUAAUAUUAUACUAGCUGUGAGAAAUAUACAUAAAUAUCGGGGCUCAAUAAUGUCGGCAUGCAACGACAAAUCCUCAGUUUGGCGGAUAUUGCUUCUUAUCCUGGCAAGUCUCUCCGUCUACUUCUAUUUGUACUCGAACACCUUCGAUGGCUUACGGGCUAUACGGGGAAACUCCGUGUACAAAGUAGUGGAAGGAGACCUUCAAUCGGUGUGGCACAACCAGUUCGGAUCCGUGUCCUACUACCUCAAGCUUCUCGAGGAGACGGAUAAAGCACAGGAAGUUUUAGUUUUAAAUGGGACUAACCAUGCCGCAUUGAAUGCCCCGUCUACGACUGCGCUAGAAACGACACCGCUGAUCCUAGAAAACGUCGACAACACUCUCCUGGAAAUGUUCAAAUUUCGUAUUCUCUCCAACUCAACAUUACCAUUGCUAACACUAUUUACCUCAUGGAAUGCAAAUCCAGAAAAAAAUCUCGUUCAUAAUCUGACCCUCAUUAACUGGCGGUUAUUGCACCCUUACGUGAUUCCCGUGGUUUUCACUAACGAGAGCUCAGUUAUUAACGAGUGCAAUCAGGCGGGCGUCACUGCGUUGCCACUUUCAGCUGUUGCAGCAGACGGAAUUCCUGUGCUUAAGUACAUGUAUCGUGACGUCAUGAACCUUUUUAAUACGUCAUUUUAUGCUUUUAGUAACGGUGACAUACUUUUCACUGAAACAUUAAUUCACACGUUGGCUCAGAUUAUUAACUCAACAACGGAGGAUUUGAGCAAGCCUAUUCUAAUUGUUGGACAAAGAACAAAUGUCGAAAACGUCACCUUAGACGAGGGAUCAGACUGGGCUAAUGUUACUUGCAUUUCAAAAAGUAGAGGCAAACUUUUUACGGGAUGGGCGGAAGACUUCUUUAUUACUCCGCCAUCGUUUCCAUGGAAAGAGGUCCCGGAGGUUGUGAUAGGUAGGAGAGCUUAUGACAAUUGGCUUGUGUAUAAUUCAAGGAAAGUGAAGUACAAUGUGAUAGACGCCACCAAAACGAUCCUGGCCGUACAUCAGACCACACAGGCUGGGAAUUUUGAAGGUCAUGGUCACUCAAAUAAGGAUUACAAUCAUAAUUUAUUGGUAAAAAUUUAUAAAAGUAUAAAAUAUAACGCCGGUGUAAUUGAGUGCUUAGAAAGGUUUACACAAUAUGAAUCAAAACAAUUUCAGGUCAAAACGAGAAAGGUGCAUAAGGCAUGUAAUGUGUGAUAUUUUCGGUAAAUAAUUUGUGGUUUAUUUUAUUUUUUCAUUUUGUGUAUGUUUUAUGCGGGCCAUACCCAUCAUAUGUUGUUGUGACUUAUUAAAUAAUUAAUGAUA